CCAAAGUUUACAGCCCAUCACUCUCUCUCUCUCUCUCUCUCUCUCUCUCUCUAAAAGAUACUUGGUUGCUUGUUUAUGUACUCAACCCUUAAGGCUUCCACCUUCUAGUAGUCCAAGUUUCUCACUUAAAGCUCCCACCGUUUUAGAUUUUUUAUCUCUGAGCUCUAUCCCAUUAUUGAAGGAGCCAUUAGAUGGCUUCCUUCCAGUCACAAAUUACAAUGCGAAGCUCUGCAUUGCUAGAAACAUCAUGCGGAUAUUUACUGCAAGAAUUGCAGAUGAUCUGGGAUGAAGUUGGAGAAGAUCAGUUUGAAAGAGAGAAGGUUCUACUAGAUUUAGAACAAGAGUGUUUAGAGGUUUACCGGAGAAAAGUUGACCGUGCAAAUAUAUCUAGAGCUCGCUUGCAUCAAGAGCUGGCAGAAUCUGAAGCUGAAUUCACCCAUCUUCUUUUGUCCCUUGGUGAACGAUCUCUCCCUGGACGGCCAGAAAAAAUGGCAGGAACAUUAAAGGAGCAGCUGGAUUCAAUCACCCCAGCUUUGAGGGAGAUGAGACUGAGGAAAGAAGAGAGGGUGAACCAAUUUCGAGCUGUGCAAUCACAAAUAAAGAAAAUCUCUGCAGAAAUAGCAGGCUUAUCAGAAUAUGAUGACUCAUCAACGAUCAUAGUAAACGAGAAUGAUCUUUCUCUGAAGAAACUCGAGGAAUACCAGAUUGAGCUACAUAGACUCCAUAACGAGAAGAAUGACAGACUCCAGAGAGUAGAAAAAUAUAUAGAUGCAGUACGUAAUUUGUCUGCAACAUUAGGAAUGGAGUCUUCCAUGAUUAUAACGAAGGUUCAUCCCAGCUUGAACGAAUUGUAUGGAAUAUCCAAAAACAUAAGUGACAGCAUUUUGGAAAAACUUAACAGUACAGUUGAAUCUCUGAAGGAAGAAAAGCAGAAGCGGCUUGAGAAGCUUCACCAACUUGGCAAAGCUCUGACAAACUUAUGGAAUCUUAUGGACACACCCUAUUCAGACCGCAGACAAUUUUCACAUGUUACCAAUCUACUAUCAUUCUCAUCAGCAGAAGUAUCAGAUUCCGGAAGUCUUACCCAUAACAUGAUAGAACAGGCUGAGGCUGAAGUCAAUAGACUGGAUCAGUUGAAAGCAAGCAAGAUGAAAGAGCUUUUCCUGAAGAAACAGAAUGAGCUAGAAGAGAUAUGCAAUAACUCACACAUGGAGAUUCCUUCACAAACAGAAAUGGACAAAAUAAUAAACCUUAUAAACUCUGGGGAGAUUGAUCAUGCUGAACUCCUCAUGAGUUUGGAUGAACAGAUAUGCAGAGCAAAAGAAGAAGCCUCUAGCAGGAAGGCUAUAAUGGAGAAGGUGGAGAAGUGGAUUUUGGCACGUGAUGAGGAGCGCUGGUUGGAAGAAUACAGCAGGGAUGAAAAUCGAUAUUCAGUUAGCAGAGGUGCACACAGGAAUCUCAGACGUGCUGAAAGGGCCCGUAUAACUGUCAACAAAAUCCCAGCUUUGGUGGAUACACUUAUAGCAAAGACUAAGAGUUGGGAAGAAGAAAGAAAGAAAGUUUUCUUGUAUGAUGAGGUACCUCUGCUAGCAAUGUUGGAAGAGUAUUAUUUGUUCAGGCAGGAAAAGGAGGAAGAGAAGCAACGACAAAGGGAUAUGAAGAAGGUGCAAAGCCAAGUAGUUGUCGAGCAAGAAAAUAUCUUUGGGUCCAGACCAGGCACCAGCAAUCGGCGCCUUUCAAAUCGGAGCAUAAAUGGAGGCUUUAACAAUGCAACCCCUUUAAACAGAAGGCAUUCUGUGGGCAUCCAGCAGUUGGGAUCAAACAACAUCAAUUCAGAAACUCAAAGCAUAUCUUUCACUAAAGAAGGCAGAAAGGUACGAGGACAAAAGAUGUUAGGUCGACCCAGCUUCGCUUAUCAGUUUAGAGAUGAAACAGCUUCAGUGAUGUCAACAUUUUCUGGCCCUAUAUCUCCCUGAAAUUUAGUCAGAUUUGUGGAUUUCACGUCUGAUGAGAAAUAACGAGCAAAAGUGAUCAGAUAAAUCUUGUUUUCUGGAAAAAUGCAUCAUACAGCAGAAUAAAUUCAGUUUGUCGUCUUAAACACUUGUGUAUUUAUGUCUUGACCCUGUGUAUCAGCAAUCUUUCUAAAACCUCCGCAGAAUGAUGAUUGCGAGCGAAAAUAAAAGUUUUAGAGGCAUUGAUUUCUCACUGUAGUUGUACAGAGUACAGUUAGCUGUACCACGUAAAUAGAUGU